GGAUGAAGAACCCAAUGCUGGAGGCGCUGUCCCAAUUGCUGGAGAAGCUGCUCCUCAUCUCCAACUUCAAGCUCUUCAGUUCGGGCACCCCGGGCGAAGACAAGGCGAAGAAUAGUUACUAUGAGAUCAGCUCCUUCCUUCGCGGCGACGUGCUGGAAGUGCCCCGGACCCACCUGACCCACUACGGCAUCUACCUGGGCGACAACCGUGUUGCCCACAUGAUGCCCGACAUCCUGUUGGCCCUGACCAAAGACAAGGGGCGCACGCAGAAGGUGGUCUCCAAUAAGCGUCUCAUCCUGGGCGUCAUUGGCAGGAUAGCCAGCAUCCGCGUGGACACAGUGGAGGACUUCGCCUAUGGAGCCGACAUCCUGGUCAAUCACCUGGACAAGUCCCUCAAGAAGAAGGCGUUGCUCAACGAAGAGGUGGCGCAGCGGGCGGAGAAGCUGCUGGGCAUAACUCCCUACAGCCUACUGUGGAACAACUGUGAGCACUUUGUGACCUACUGCAGAUUCGGCACCUCGAUCAGCCCCCAGGCCGACAAGUUCUGUGAGAAUGUGAAGAUAAUUAUUCGUGAUGAGAGAAGUGUUCUCGCUUCAGCGGUCUUGGGAUUGGCAUCUAUAGUCUGUCUGGGCUUGGCAUCCUAUACUACCCUUCCUGCAAUUUUUAUCCCAUUCUUCUUAUGGAUGGCUGGCUAACUUCAUAUCCCUGUGUCAGUGUUGUAUUCUGUGUGUAAAUAUGUUUAUAUAGAGAGAGCACAAGUCAGUAUAAGCAUCGUCGAGAAAAAUGUGACCUGUAACACUGUAUUCUGGAUAAAAAUGUGACUAAGAAUCACCCAAAGUGCUUACUGUGUAAGCCCAAGAACAAAGGCUUUCUGAAACUUCUCAGGCAGUUCGAUUUUAAAGCCCUGUGCAGAUCUUGGAAACAUGACAACUUGUGAUAGAAUUCAUCAUUA